AUAAAGUGCGUAUAAAUGGUGGGGGAAUGUACCUCCUUCUGGCUCUUCAAACAGCGACUUUUGCCUCGACUGUCGCGCCCUAUAUUUUGUGUUGCCGGGUGGUGGUCCCUCAGGAAAGUAGUCCCGGUCAGUUUAAGGAAUAAAACGUGUCGCUCCGGCUCCGACCGUCACCGCCUUGGUCCCUGCAAAGUUCACCCAGUAGACUUUUCUAAAGACACAGAUCCAGUCAUGUCGAAGGCAAAGGAUGCAGGCUCUUCCAUCCUGAGCGGCCAGCAGCUGCACGCUGCCAUGGCAGACACCUUCCUUGAGCACUUGUGCCUGCUGGACAUCGACUCCGAACCGACCGUGUCUCGCAACACCGGCAUCGUCUGCACAAUCGGACCUGCCUCCCGGUCUGUGGAGAUGGCCAAGGAAAUGAUCAAGUCUGGGAUGAACAUUGCAAGAAUGAACUUCUCUCACGGAACACAUGAAUACCAUGCUGAGACCAUCAAGAAUGUCCGUGAUGCGACUGAGAGCUUUGUGGCAGGAUCUGUUGACUACAGACCUGUGGCCAUCGCUCUGGACACCAAGGGACCAGAAAUCAGGACCGGACUUAUCAAGGGCAGUGGCACAGCUGAGGUUGAGCUGAAGAAGGGUGAAACCAUCAAGCUCACCCUGGACGACCAGUUCAAGGAUAACUGCGACGAGAAAGUUCUGUGGCUUGACUACAAAAACAUCACCAAGGUUGUGGAGUCUGGAAGUCACAUCUACGUGGAUGAUGGCCUGAUUUCCCUUGUUGUUAAAGAAAUCGGAAGCAACUUCCUGGUGUGCAACAUCGAGAAUGGCGGUAUGCUGGGCAGCAAGAAGGGCGUCAACCUGCCCGGAGCUGCCGUUGACUUGCCUGCUGUGUCUGAGAAGGACAUUCAGGACCUGCAGUUUGGCGUGGAGCAGGGUGUUGACAUGGUCUUCGCCUCCUUCAUCCGUAAGGCUGCCGACGUUCACGCUGUCAGGAAAGUGCUGGGCGAGAAGGGCAAGGACAUCAAGAUCAUCAGCAAGCUGGAGAACCACGAGGGUGUGCGUAGAUUUGAUGAGAUCCUGGAGGCCAGUGAUGGCAUCAUGGUUGCCCGUGGGGAUCUUGGCAUUGAAAUCCCAACAGAGAAGGUCUUCAUUGCCCAGAAGAUGAUGACCGGCAGGUGCAACAGGAUCGGCAAACCCAUCAUCUGCGCCACGCAGAUGUUGGAGAGCAUGACCAAGAAACCCCGCCCCACUCGCGCUGAGGCCAGUGAUGUUGCCAACGCCGUCCUGGAUGGGAAUGACUGCAUCAUGCUGAGUGGUGAGACCGCCAAGGGAGACUAUCCCCUGGAGGCUGUGCGCACACAGCACAUGAUUGCCCGUGAAGCUGAGGCAGCCAUGUUCCAUAGGCAGAUGUUCGAGGAGCUGCGUCGCACCUCCCACCUGACCCGUGACCCCACAGAGGCCGUCGCCAUCGGCACGGUCGAGGCUUCCUUCAAGUGCUGCGCCAGCGCCAUCAUCGUGCUCACCAAGACUGGCAGGUCUGCUCACUUGCUGGCGAGGUACAGGCCCCGGGCCCCCAUCAUUGCCGUUACCCGCUGUGGUCAGGCCGCCCGCCAGUCUCACCUGUAUCGUGGUGUCUACCCUGUGCUCUACACCAAGCCUGCCAACAACGUCUGGGCUGAGGACGUCGACCUGCGCGUCAACUUUGCCCUGGAAGUUGGCAAGCACCGCAAAUUCUUCAAGUCUGGUGAUGUUGCCCUUGUUGUGACCGGCUGGCGCCCAGGCGCCGGCUACACCAACACCAUGAGGGUGGUGCUGGUGCCUUGAACUCCAUCAGAGGACAUUAGUAACCACUGCCCUUCCCCUCUUUGUAACCAGACUUCCCUCCAAACUGGACUUUGUGACAGUUUUCAUAAAAGCAAAACAAAACCAGGCCGUCCCUUCAGAUGACUUUUGAUGGCGUCGUCCUCACACAGUAACUCCCCGAUUCCUGUCACCAACACGUCCACUUUAUUUUCUAGAUCCUGCUGCCAGCGAGAGAUGUGAAACGGUUUAGUGUCUCCUGUCUGACACAGUGUGCAUGGUGAAGCAAGUGGUGGCUGUAGACCAAAUUCAACGCGGAUGUAUUUUAGUUUUCUUGGGUUUUGGUUCUAUAAGUGUUCAUGGAACAACAUGAAUAUGUAUUGCUAUUAUCUUCUCCCGUGUUUCUUGUAGACGUGACGGUUGUGUACUUUGUGUCAUUGAGGUGAACUGGUACGACUGGGCGUCCAUCCAUUAAAGGGAACUACUGGA